AUGACAGAGGCCAGCGUCCUCUUCUUCCGUGCCUGCCUCGCGCUGCUCGCCAUGCCCAUCUACCUGCUAUCGUUCCUGGGCAUAUGGGAGCCUUUCUGUAAGAAGAUAUUUUUUCCUUACUUCUUAGAGAAGCUUUCUGCAGUUCACGAGAGGAAAGCAAAGAAGCAGAAACAGGAGCUGUUUCGUAAUCUACCUGACUUCGCGAGCCCCUCAGGAGAACUGAAACUGCUGGAGCUCGGGACCGGCUGCGGUGCUAACUUCCAGUUCUACCCACCAGGCUGCAAAGUUACGUGCACGGACAUAAACACCAACUUCCAGCAAGCCCUUUUGAGAAGCAUGAACAAGAACCAGCACGUCCACUACGAGCGUUUCCUAGUAGCGGCAGGAGAAGACCUGCACCAGGUGCCCAGCGGUUCCGUGGAUGCUGUCAUCUGCACCUUGGUCCUCUGCUCUGUGCACAGUGUGAAUGGCACCCUGAAGGAGGUACUGCGAGUGCUCAGACCAGGAGGUGCUUUCUAUUUCGUAGAGCACGUGGCUGCCGAUCGUUCCAGCUGGAUGUAUUUUUGGCAGCAGAUCUUCUACCCGACUUGGAAACUCAUCUUUGCUGGAUGCUGCCUAACGAGAGAGAUAUGGAAGAAUCUCGAACAGGCCAACUUCUCGGAGCUGAAGUUACAACACAUAAGCGUCGCGCUGCCCUGGAUGCCCAUUCAGCCUCACAUCAUCGGGUACGCUGUGAAGUAA